AUGAAAUCGCCGUGGAUCCUCGGUGGGUCCGCCGUGGGUCACACUCCAUCCACCUGUGAACAUGUAGAGUGGAGGGAGACGAUAUGUUAGAGAGGAAGAGUAGAUGAGAGAGUGAGGAGAAUGAAGAGAAGAUUAGUGAGAGGAAGGAGACCUAUAUUCAAAAUAAUAUAUUUUAUAGAAGGAAAUUAUUGAUGUGAAUAUUUUAUUGAUUUUUCGAGAGAAACUACUUUUUUGUAUGUUUUUGUUGUAUGGCAACUCAAGUGUGAAAUAUUUGUAUUUAGACACCCUCAUUUUAUUGUUGGAUUUCAAUUCACUUUAUCCAAGUAUUAUUCAAGAAUAUAAUAUUUGUUAUACAACUGUUGCUCAUACUAAAGAUAGUGAUGAAGUUCCGGAUGUUCCGAAUCCAAUUGAUCAAGAAGGUGUUUUGCCAAGAGAAAUUCGAAAAUUGGUUGAAUGUCGGAGAAAUGUGAAACAAUUAAUGAAAACGGAGAAUCGAGAAGGAGAAAGAAAACAAUUGGAUAUUCGACAAAUGGCAUUGAAAUUGACUGCAAACAGUAUGUAUGGAUGUUUAGGUUUCCAAUAUUCGAGAUUUUAUGCAAAACCAUUGGAUGCCUUGGUUACUGCAAAAGGAAGAGAUAUUCUAAUGCAUUCGAAAGAUUUGGUUGAAAAAAUUGGAUAUUCUGUUAUUUAUGGAGAUACUGAUUCAAUUAUGAUUAAUACUAAUUCAUAUGAUUUGGCUGAGGCAAAGAAAUUAGGAAUUGAUAUUAAGAAAGCGGUUAAUAAAUGUCAUCGAUUAUUGGAAUUGGAAUUGGAUGGAGUGUUUAAGAGAAUGUUGUUAUUGAAAAAGAAGAAAUAUGCGGCAUUGACGAUUAAUCAGGAUACAAAAGUUGAGACGAAAGAAUUGAAAGGUUUGGAUAUUGUUAGAAGAGAUUGGUCGCAAUUAGCAAAACAGGCUGGAACGUGAGUUUUCGUCGAAAAUAGUUGAAGAAAAUAAUUAACAAAAAUUUUAGAGCUGUUGUGGAUAAAAUCUUGGAUGCUUCACUUAGUAGAGAGGAACUUGUUUCGAAAAUUGUUGAACUUUUGGAAGAGUAUGGAAAGCAACUUGAUUCUGGGGAGAUUCCUAAUGAAAUUUUUUAAAUUAGCAAGGUAAGUUGGCCGAAAAGAUGGAACGCGGAAAAUAUCCGGAAAGACGGAAGGUUUCCGGAAAUUUUUUUAGAGUUUUCUAUUUUUGUAGGACCAUUUUGUAGCUCUUGAAAUUAUCCACGAAAUCCAUCUUUUCUCAAAAAAUUCUCGAAUUUUUGAAAAGCUGAAAUUCAGAUCUGAAAAUGACCCCUUUUCGAAAUUUUCAGGAAAUUCUGAAAAAUUCAAUUGGUGUCCUAAAAUUCCGUACAAAAUCCACAUUUUUUCUAGAAAUUAGGUGAUUCGAAACACCCGAAAAUUGGGGUUCAAAAAAUUUGCAGCCAAAUUUUCGCAUUUUCAGAAAAUUCUGAAAACACCAUGUUGUAGCUCUUAAUCUCACGUUUAAAAUUUUUCUUAUGAUUUUUUCACAAAAAAUGUUUCCAUGGAAACAAGAGCAUGACUUUUUCGGCUGAAUUUUCUAGUUUUGACACAAUUUCUAACCCUUCUCAAUAUUAAACUUAUUUUUUCCAGCAAUUGACAAUAAAUCCAAAAGAUUAUGCGGACAUCAAAUCUCAACCUCACGCCUUUGUCGCGAAACGACUCAACGAAUCUGGAAAAUUCAAUUUACGUCAAGGUGAUAUUGUGGAAUAUAUUAUUUGUGAAGAUGGAAGUGGAAAUCCAGCAACUCAAAGAGCUUAUCAUCGAAUUGAAAUGGAAGAUAACAAAGAUUUGAAAAUUGGUAAGGUUUUUGGAUCUGAACAGAAAAAAGCACACCUCGGCCAAUCUAUUGUGGGCCAGAGGUCAAUUUUUAAAAAUAUCUACAUUUGAGAAUUUUAGAGGUCCAAAAACUGAAAAUUUACAGUUUUUACAAUGAAACGAUAUUUAAAAGUUGGUUUCAGAAGUAGCAGAAUUUCGAGCUUAAUCUGAACCUCAAGCUUAAAGACACACAAUCCACUAGAAAUGAACAGAAAAUGAGUUUGUUAUUCUUUCAUAAGACCUUUCAAGUAAUCGGAAUUCAUAAAAAUCAAGAAAAGAUUUGGAGUCUGGCCACGCUAUUUCAAAAAAAAGAAGAAGAGCGUCCAAAUCGAGAGAAAUGACAGAGACGCGAAAAACUCCCUUUAAGGACGCAUGCGAAGCAAUUUCUACAGUAGUUUUACGAAAAUCUGUUUGUUCGUGUCGAGAAACGAGCGUCUUUUUCUCUGCGCCACUCUCUCGAUAUGGACAGCCAAAAAUAACGUGUGGCAAAAGUGAAAAAAACAAACCUCACCCAAGAACCUGGAGUAGUGAGUGAAAAAAUGCCCAGCUGGUUUUUUUCCAAAAUUGCCCACCUAGCGCUCGCCAUGGCGAGCUUUUUCAAAAAAAAAAUCGUUUUUUUUUUCAGUGAAAAUAGCAAAAGCUUCCUGAAAUCCCUCUCCCUCUAUGUCCCCUCCUAAUUUCCCUCGCGCCCCGGGUGGGACUUGAACCCAAACCCUCCACGCCACGUGCGUUCAAGAGACGCACGUGUUCACCACUAGACCACCGACCCUGUUGAGAACGAGGAGGCGAAUUUCCAAGACAACAAACACUUCUGUGCCACCUACUUUUCUUUUUAUUUCACAUUGUGAAAAAAACUGACAAGGGAAGUGUAUAAGGUCCCGGAAUAAACUUUUAAUGAGACUUGGUACACAUAUAGAUUCGAACUCGCUGAUCUCGAAUUCGUUUUCAAAAAUUGCCACAAUUGCACCCAAGACGAGUUUUUCACCAUCGAAAAUGCGCCAUAUUUCUCAUUGUUUCAUAUGUCAAACAUUUCCAGGCAAGAAAAAUAACAGCGGAUGGCAGAGUGGUUAGCGAUCUCGACUUUAAAAUUUUAGGUUUCGGGAUCGGUCCCGGCCCGUGGCGAAUUUUUUUUCAAAAAUUUUUUUAUUUUUUUUUUCAAAAAAAAAAAGAACGAAUUGAAGAUGAUCUUUCAUAUUUAUUUUUAUAGCUUUCAUAUUUAUAGCUAUCCAAGUUACCUUCAUCCGGCGGAUCAUCUUCAAUUCGUUUCAGAAUUUCAUCGUUUUCAACUAUAAUUUCGUUGAUGUCCACACUACGCAAAACAUCAAUAAUUCCGUUAGGAACUUUUUGAAGUUCUCGCGGGAGACAUACUUUCUUGGGAUUGUACAAUUGUCAUUGAAAUUACCCAUUACGAAGUGCAAAAUUUGUUCAGAAGAUAACAUUUUGAACGAGAAUUUGAAAAACAAAAAAAAUGAUGACAAAAAAUAUAAUUCAAAGUCGGUACGUAGACAUCUUUACAGGUUUCGAAAAAAUUUUGAAAAAAAAAAAUUUUUGAAAAAAAGUUCGCCACGGGCCGGGAUCGAUCCCGAAACCUAAAAUUUUAAAGUCGAGAUCGCUAACCACUCUGCCAUCCGCUGUUAUUUUUCUUGCCUGGAAAUGUUUGACAUAUGAAACAAUGAGAAAUAUGGCGCAUUUUCGAUGGUGAAAAACUCGUCUUGGGUGCAAUUGUGGCAAUUUUUGAAAACGAAUUCGAGAUCAGCGAGUUCGAAUCUAUAUGUGUACCAAGUCUCAUUAAAAGUUUAUUCCGGGACCUUAUACACUUCCCUUGUGAAUUUCAUUUUCAGCUUUUUCAGUAUUUAGAGUGAAUAUUUGCGUGUGGAAUUAACUAAGUAGCUUCCUAAGCCUAGUUCCCAGCUACAAAUAACAAUGGCCAGCUACUUUUUUGUUUAAAGGCCGAGAAAACCGAUGACCUGAUUUCUCUUAUAACGUUAGAACAUUUUGGGUGAUUUCACACUUCAAACUUUUUGAGCUUUCGGAGUGAUUUUGAGCAAAAAGUUUGUUUUGGGACUAACAUUAUUUUUGCUUGUAGAUUCAUUUGAGCUUUUCAAAAUUUCUGAAAAAAUGAUUUUGACAUGAGUUAUGGAAAAUGACCAGUAUUUUACUCCAGGUGAUAGGUUUGCAAAAAAUUGAAAAAGUUUGCAGGUGGGAGAAAAGUGAAACUAGCUGGGAAUCGACUUACUUUUUAAUAUUAAGAAACAAAACAUCAAACUUUUCCUAGGAAAAAAGUCAGAAAACCUGAAAAACUGAAUUUUUCGUAUUUUUUAGAUGUUUCCAGCUGGCCAUCGGGAAAAUAAUAGUUGAAAUGAAUCUAAUUUCUGAAAAUUUUCAAAGAACAUCGUUGGAAGUAACAUUUUCUAACCAACAAGAGAAAAUUAUAGAAUUCAGUGAAAUUUUUCGACGAAAAAUUCGAAAAAACCUUCGAAUUUUUUAAAAAUUUUACCCACCUACAAAAUUUUUUUUCAGUUGCCCACCUGGGAUUCCAGGUAUUGGGUGAGGUUUGUGAAAAAAACAAAAUAAUUGUUUUUGAAAUCGCUCAGCCGACGGAAAUUUCGAGAGAGUUUGCACACAACGAAGCAAUAGAGCGCACAUGCUGUUUUUGUCAUUUGAAAAUAAAUGCGGGAAAUCUGUUUUUUCCAGUGGCUGAUGUGUCUUUAAGUUUUAUGAAAAAUGAAAUUAUUCCUUUAAAGAGCACAAACGUCUCAAAACCUUUAGAGCCCCAUUUACUUCCUCCAAAGCAAUAAAAAGUUACAUAGUAAAACCAUUCCAGAUUUGGUGUAUUAUUUGAAUUCAUCCAGUUGUCUCAAGAUUGUGUGCUCCGAUUGAAGAAGUUGAUUCUGUUCGAAUCGCUGAAGCACUUGGAAUGGAUUCGACGAAUUAUCGCCGCGCGGCUGCCGCACAAGCACAUCAAAACGCCGAAGAGGAUGAUUAUUUGUGGCAACAAGAGGUUGGUUUCGCAAUAUUUUUGUAAUCUAAAUAGUUUUGUUUGUUUGUUUGCAGAAUUAUGAUCUUUGCGAAGGAAUUGUUCAAGUUCGAGUUGUGGACAAAUCAAUAUUAUUCGGAGUACUUUUGAUGUUGAGGUAAGGGAUUUGGGUAGGGAAAAAUUGUUUUGGAAAUUCAUUUUAUUAUGAAAUUGUGCCAUUUGAAAAUUUCAAUCAAUUUUAAAAACAGAAGAAUUCAGAGAUUCUCGACGGUUUUUCAGAGAUAUACAAAAAUUGUAAAAUUUCGGAAUUUCCGAAGCGUUUUGCAGAGAUGUUCCUUUUUUUUAGAUGAAUUCACAAAAUUUCAUAAUAACACUUAUUUUGAAUGGAAAAUCAUAUUUAUGACGUCAUCCGAGGUUUUAACUUGUCAAUCCUGAUUUUGAAAUUUGCAACAAGAAACCUUGGAAAAAACCACGUACGUGGAUUUUUGGCUCCAAAAUCCACGUGGAUUUUUGGCUCCAAAAUAUUGAAAAACACACAAAUUUGCAGACUGAUCCACACUCACCGCGAUUAA